GCUUGGCAGCUGUGUGGGAAGGAUGUGGACGAUGUAGAGGAAGUGGUUGACCUGCGCGACUGCAGCAGCUGCGCGACAGACUUUGCUCGAGUCAGCACGGCGUCUUCACCGCGCGUGGGUCAAGCCCGAGCGCGCUCUUCCGCAACCUGCCAAACGCUGGAGGUCCUUGGCCCAGACGACUGCAGCGAGAGCUCCGCGAGCAGUGUGCAGAACGUGGACUUUGCGGAUGGCUUAGAUCUGGACAGCGUCCUUCGCGUUCUCUCUGCAGAGGACACGGAGGAGGCUGGUGGCCUUUCUGCCUUACUCGCAAACUCCGUGUACGCGUACAGCGUGGUUGAUACAGCGCGCAGCGACAGCACUGCCCCGUCAACUCCAGAGGAGGAACGCGUCUCCAGCGCUCCAGCAGCAUCACUUGGAGUUCGGAUGGAUUUCCUUCGGCAGCCGCCGUCCUCGUUUACAGCGGAUUGGCAAGAGCUGAUGCAGAGCCACCGGAGUUCAGCCUGCAGUGGUUACAGCGCUGGGGCAAUGUCCGUAGAAUCCCCUACAUCCAGCCCAUUGGCCCGCUCACCGCAAAGCGAAGAUGAGACUGGAAGCUUCGAGGCUUCGAUCCAGGAGUUAUUUGACAUGCAGUCUGUGGCAAGCGCAAGCAUACCCAACAGUGCCCGAUCUCAUACCGUGAGCAUGGCUCGAGGAUUUGAUGCAGCGGAGGAGACACUCUCUGUGGUGGACAUCGCUGAUGAGAUGCCAGCCUCCCCACAGAGUGAGGAUGGGCAGUCGAUGCACAUAGUUUACGGGGCCAGUGUGGCAGCCAGUCCGCGCUCCUUUGCAAGUCCCAGGAUUGAGAACAUGGGCUCUCUGCUGCAAAGGUGGGCGCUAGAGCACCAGCUGGAUGAAAACGUUGCCAGUAGCAUCCGGAGAGUCCUGGAGGUUCCAGAUCUUUUGCCUGACAUGACCGGCCUGACUGAAGAGGAAAUCCGCGCCCUCCCAAAGGUGCAAUUCUCUGCCAAAGACAUGCAGCAGUGCUCCAUCUGCCUGGAAGCUUUUCAGGAGGGUGAGCUCCUCACUUCCCUGCGCUGCGGACACUUCUUUCACGUGGA